AUGCGGCUGGAAGAACUCAGGAGGCUCCAGCACACCCUGGAACAGGGCAACGACGGCAAAGACUCGCUCCAAAGCAUCCAGCGAGCGUGGCGUGAGCACCUGCAGCGCCAGGACCUGCACAGCCCAUCCCCAACAUCACCAACAUCACCAACAAUGUCCCCAACGUCCCCAACGUCCCCAACGUCAUCGACCUCGGGCAAGAUGAGCAGGUCUGUCAGCAUGAACACCUUCUCCGACAGCAGCACCCCCGAUUCCCGGGAGGAUGGCAUGGAUUUAGGCAGCGACGCCGGCAGCAGCCGCUCCAGCUCGGAAUCCAACUCCAGCAAAGCCACGCCGUGCUCGGAGGGCAAGUCCUCGCCGUCCCCCAGCAGCCUGGACCUGGCGGCGCUGGACGACUCGGAGGAGGAGGAGGAAGAGGAGGAGGACGGGGGGUCCCCGGGGCGCUGCCCGGCCGCCCAUGGGCGCCGCUGCGGCCCCGGGGCCGGCGCUGCCCGGCGCUGCCCCCGCCCGCGGCCCCCGCCCCGCUCGGAGCCCCCGCAGCGGCGGCGCGGAGCGGCCGCGGGGCCCGGCGGGCGGCGGAGCGCGGGGACCAGGCCCCCCCGGGACCCGCAGCCCCCGGCCAUGGACUGGGCAGCCCUGGAGAGGCACCUGGCCGGGCUGCAGUGCCGGGAGCAGCAGCGCAAGCCGCGGGCCAGCCCCGCCUCGGCUGUCCUGAGCCUCUGGAGGUGGGCAUGGUGCUCCUGCUUCCCUCAGAGCUGUCCCAUCGGUGUCCGGCUGCCCACAGAGCCACCCUGGAACAUCCAGAGCACUGGAACACUCUGGAGCAUCCAGAGUCCUGAACUCGCCUUGGGGAGGUGGAAAAGCUUCAGGUCUGCGUUUGGAAACAGCUGGAAACCUCCUGGAGAUGCUCAAAAAAUGUGGAAGUGGCACUCGGGGACGUGGUUUAGCAGCGAAGACGGCAGUGGUGGAUUAAUUCGUGGAUUUGGUGGUCUUAGAGAGCUUUUCCAAUCUUAA